AUGGCCAUUCUAAAUCUGAAUCCUGGUGCACGUUCUUCGCGGAUUGAUAGCCAAACAACAAGGGAUAAGCCUGAUGCAGCUGUUACUGCUGCUGGUGGCUUCAAGUCAAGGACGUUUACUGAUGGACCUGGUGAAGUGGACAUGCUGAUUGGCUUCUUUGUUAUGAACGGUGCAUGCAUCGCAUUUUUUCUCCUGUUCGGCUCAUGUGUGAUCUGUAGUUGUUUACGUGUCUUUACCUCGAACAACAACGCUCUUCUAAAGUCGGCAGCAAACGGUGCGAACGGUUCGCCGCUGAGCGGCUCAUUCUCGAGGAGCAGUUUUCAGGAGUUACUACCGACAGUGAAACCGAAACAAAAAUUCAAGGUUCUUUAA